AAAACCGGAAACAGCCUGUGAAUUCCUUUUCCGAUUAAUGGCCGACCAUCUUUUAGUGUAAAUAACUGAAGUGAAAAUAUCAAACAAUGCCUGUCGACGCAGUAGAGAAGCCUUUAGAGGAAACCAAACCUGCUGAAGAUACUGCAUCUUCUGAUUCAGAUGAUGAUGACACUCCACCAGAACUGGAAGAACAUGAUGCAGCUGCCAUGCAGCAACAGAGCCAGGUUGCAGCUGCAGCAGGACUACCAGAGGAGUUGGUAUCCAAGGCCAAGCAGAGUCGUAGUGAGAAGAAAGCAAGAAAAGCCAUGUCUAAACUUGGUCUUAAGCCAGUACCUGGUGUGACGAGGGUAACUAUCAGAAAGGCAAAAAAUAUUUUAUUUGUGAUAAGUCGGCCAGAUGUUUACAAAAGUCCUGCAUCUGAUACAUACAUAGUAUUUGGUGAGGCUAAGAUAGAGGAUCUGAACCAACAGGCCCAGGUGGCAGCAGCUAACAAGUUCAAGACAUUUGAUAACUCUGGUGCACCAGGUGAACAGGCUAGCACGGUAUCACAGCCCAUCCAAGAGGAGUCUGAGGAGGAGGAAGAAGAGAUUGAUGAGACUGGUGUUGAACAAAAGGAUAUUGAACUCGUCAUGUCUCAGGCCAAUGUUUCUAAAGCCAAGGCUGUCAAAGCUCUUAAAAAUAAUAACAAUGAUAUCGUCAAUGCUAUUAUGGAAUUGACGAUGUAACUCCCCCCUGUAUAUGUGUGUGACAGUUGGACCUUUUGUAUUUGAGCUGUAUUGUUAGAAUGAUACCUAAUUUUAAUCAAUAAAUAAACAAGUUUUUUA